AUGAACGUAACCCUCCGGAGCAGUGUGUUCAGCUCCCAAUUAGGUAUCCGUGUGUGCACGAUAUUCCCCUUGCGACGCCACUUCUCGCUUGACCCCACGGCACUCGUGGAGUCUUCCACGGCGCUCCUCCAGAGCGUGCACACAGCAUCGGGGCUCCCGUGGUGGGGGCUCAUUCCGCUCGCGACAUUUUCGCUCCGUGCGAUGUGGACACUACCACUUGCAAUCUGGCAGCGGAGACGGCUUCAGAAACAGAACGAGCUCAGGCCAGUGAUCGCGGCGAUGCUCCCGAUUCUCAAGCUCAACCUUGCGGAGCUGGUCGCGCGCAGCAAGCGCGAGUUCGCGGCGCUCAAGGGUGAUGCAAUUCCCAGUGAUGUCACGGGCAUGACCUCGGACCAUAUCACACUCCUCGUGGUCAAGGAGCGCCGUGCGCGCCAGAAGGCGCUCUUCCGUACACACGGAUGCCAGUUAUGGAAGAACGCGUUGCUUCCGGUGUUCCAGAUCCCCUUGUGGAUCCUUAUGUCCGCUACCAUUCGCCAUCUUUCUGGUUGGCAAUCCUACUUGUCCUUGCAGACGUCUCAGAAUCAGCAGCUCAUCGACCCGACUCUUUUCCACGAGGGUGUAUUCUGGAUGCAAGACCUCUCUGCGAUUGAUUCCAUGGGGGUCACCCCCAUUCUCUUGGGAUCCCUUGCGUUGCUCAACAUCGAGUGGAAUGCUAAGUCACUCCAGAUGUUGAAGAUGUCUGCACAAGCUGGAACCGGUUCCAAAAUCCGCUCCUUGAGACCUACUGCCGUGGACGCCCUCAUGAAUGUGUCGCGGCUCUCAGUUAUCUUCCUCAUGACUAUGGCUUCCCAGGCGCCUGCUGCGCUCACUAUCUACUGGAUGUGCUCAAACUUGUUUUCCUUGGCGCAGAAUGUUGUGCUAGACUCCUUGAUGCCUAUCGGGUACGUCAAGGACACUGGUGGCCGUCUCGGGUGGAGAAAAGCCAAGGAAGGGAGCCAACCGUUGGCUAAAUAAAUAAAUAGCAGAGUUUGCAUAUAUGAAAACGAAAACUAAUGCCGCGUGGCUUUUUUUGAC